GAAGGGGAAGCGGCGUGCCGGAUAAAAGCUGCAGUCGGAUGCCGAGGCUGUCGGUGCGUGCGAAGCGACGGCGGAAGAUGCUGUCGCGUCUCGUGCUGGCGUUGAUGUGCGCCGCCGCCGGUGCGGCCGGCGCGGCGCCGCGGAAGGCCGACUGCGAUGGUCGGCCGCUGUCGCCAGAACUGUACCGCUUCCAGAUACCCGACGUGCUCGGCACGAGGAACGUCUCCCUGGACCAGUACCGGGGUCACGUACUCCUCGUGGUGAAUGUGGCCACCUACUGAGGUCUCACCUGGUCCUACUCACAACUGAAUGCACUACAAGAGAGGUUCAGGGCCAGGGACUUCACCGUGCUGGGAUUCCCUUGCAACCAGUUUGGCAAGCAAGAGCCGGGUGGUUCGGGAGAGGAGAUCCUGAACGGCAUUCGCUACGUGCGGCCAGGCAACAACUUCCAGCCGAAUUUUCCGUUGUUCCAGAAGAUGGACGUCAACGGCGACACGCAGCACCCGCUCUUUGAGCUGCUCAAGAGUCACUGCCCGUCGCCGGUGUCCAAAUUCCGGCCGAGAGAGAAACUCUUCUACACUCCCCAGGACAACAGUGACAUCCGCUGGAACUUUGAGAAGAUUCUCGUCGACCGAAACGGAACUCCACUCCGCCGGUACGAGCCUGGCUUCCUGCCGGCUGACAUCACCAGCGACAUCGAAGCCAUUAUUACGGGCGAAGGCUGCCUCCGAUUGAUAAUUAGUCAUCUCACUCGAACUCCAAGCGGCUUUAUCGCUUCACCUUCAACCUAACCUAAAAAUUGAUGGUAUACGAACUUUGUAUUAUCCGAUUCCCUGAGUAGACAUAUUUUGUAUUCACUCUCAAUCCACGCCGCUGGCAACGUUUCGUGAUUACCUUGGCAAAACGUACUCACAUUCAGCACGUGCCACACAGAAAACAGUUUGGCUGGCACAAUACUAACCAUGGUUGUCGCCAUGCUUAAGAAGGAAAAAUUCAAUCGGAUGGUCACAGAAGAACAACAAAACUGAAACUGAUUUUUGAAGCUUCCGUGGACUUUACAAAUGAUUGUGAUAUACGGAGCUUGUAAACUCUGAAUGUGCCGAUGGUGUGCUAUGAAGCACAAGCACACACACAGAGAAGAAA